AUGGAUCUAUGCAUUAUAGGAACGCUCUUCCUGUUCAUCAUCAAUACACCGUUGAUUGGAGGAGAUGGUUAUUGUUAUACAAAAUGGAAGAAUGGACGAUGGGUUUCUAUUGGAAAUUGUAAAAAUCCCAGUGCUGACGAGUUCGAGGGCUGGUACCGAGCAAGCAACGGUUUCUACUACAAACUAUUCAACGAUCAAGUCAACUACGCAACAGCAAAAUCAGACUGCCAGAAACGAGGGGCGGAUCUGGCAUCUGCUGGAGUUAGAGACCCUACCGUCCGCAGCGAGAUAAUGCCAUUGAUCAAAACUGGCAACUAUCACACUUGGAUUGGUUUAAGAAAAUUUGAAGGUAAAUUCAUCUGGGCCGAUGGCGUAGAUUCAACUGAAGGUAACACGGAUUGGUAUGCAGAACAGCCAGAUAAUUCGGGAGGUGACGAAGAUUGUGUACAUUUUUGGCCUGUGGAUAUAUGGGAGUUAAACGAUGUUUCAUGCACCAGAGACAUGAAAUAUAUAUGCGAGGCACGUGUUUAA